AUGACUAGAAUUGAUAGAGCAUUAGCGAACUGUGAUUGGCUUGAUAUGUUUCCAGCAGCUACUGUUAGCCUUCUUCCCUGGAUAGGCUCUGAUCAUAGACCUUUGCUCCUGGACACGAUGAGCUCUAGCUGGAAAAAACCAAGAACUUUCAGAUAUGAUACAAGAUGGCGACUAUUCCCUGAAGUUAAACAAGUCAUCGAACAGAUAUGGAGCCAAGACUGUUCAAACCUGACUGAAGGUGAUAUCUGUUCAAUUAUUAAAAAAUGCCGCAAUGCCCUCUCUCAUUGGCGUAGCAAAAACAAUACAAACUCAGGGAAGAUCAUCUCUAAGCUAAAAUCUGAGAUUCAAAAGAUUUAUGAUUCACCGUGUAUCGACUAUGCUCAUCUUAGCAGCCUCAAAGCUCAGCUUCAACUGCAAUACAGAUUAGAGGAAGAAUUUUGGAGAAUGAAGAGUCGAGUUCUCUGGUUGCAGGCUGGUGAUAGGAAUACUAAAUUCUUCCAUGCUAAAGCGAAGCAGAGGCGUAACUACAACCGUAUUAGUUAUAUCCAGGAUGAGAAAGGGAAGAUCAUCACAGAAGCUAAAGAUAUUUUUAAGCAUAUUGAGAGUUAUUUCAAGUCUUUAUAUACCACUACUGGAAGCAUACUUAAUACUCAUCUAAUGGAAGGAAUUCCUUGCUCCGUAACAGAUGAGAUGAAUGCCAAGCUCACUCAGCCAAUCAUGGAGAAGGAAAUCAAGGAGGCUAUUUUCGCAAUGAAUCCCGACAAGUCGCCUGGCCCUGAUGGUAUGUCUGCAGCUUUUUACCGCCAGCAUUGGGAAACCAUCAAACCAGGUGUCAUCGCUUUUGUCAAUAUUUUCUUUGAGCAUAAUUACCUAGAUCCCAAAGUUAAUCAAACCCACAUCUGCCUGAUCCCUAAAAUAGAAAACCCUUCCACCAUAAAAGACUACAGACCUAUAAGCUUAGCUAAUGUCGCUUACAAAGUUAUCUCAAAAAUCUUAGCUGAGCGCCUAAAACCGUUGUUGGAUAAAAUUAUCACUGAGAACCAGUCUGCCUUCAUCCCUAGGAGACUUAUAACAGACAAUGUCCUCAUAGCCCAUGAGUUAAUGCAUUCCCGCAAUACAAAAAACUUAAAGCAUAAAUUCAUGGCUCUUAAACUAGACAUUGCUAAAGCAUUUGAUAAGGUUGAAUGGAGCUUUGUCAAUGCAGUGAUGGAUAAAAUGGGAUUCUGUCAGAAGUGGAGAGACUGGAUCAUGAAGUGCAUCACAACGGUUUCUUAUACGGUGUUAAUCAAUGGAGAGCGAUCAAGAAUAAUCACACCGCAAAGAGGGCUUCGACAAGACGACUCACUUUUGUUCUCCAAAGCAACAGAAGAAGAAGCUGCUAACCUGAGAUGCAUCUUAAACACAUAUCAAAAAGCCUCAGGCCAAGAAGUUAACUAUUCCAAGUCCGCAAUUUCAUUCAGCAAAGGCUUACCAGAGUACAUAGGCAAGAACCGAAGAGAGGUUUUUCAGUAUAUAACCCAGCGAAUCAAUAAUAAACUGGAAAGCUGGAUAUCACUGAGGAAAUUCUGGUGGUUAGCCAAUCUGGAUAGAAAAGCAAUACCCUGGAUUGCUUGGGAUAAGCUAACGUUAUCUAAACAAGAAGGAGGAUUAGGGUUGAGAGAUAUGCUUGCGUUUAAUAAAGCACUGCUUGCUAAGGAAGCCUGGCGUUUGAUCAACAAUCCUUCUUCCCUUAUGGCCCGGGUUUUCAAGGCAAAAUAUUUUAGAAAAUCUAGUUUCCUCGAAGCCAUAAGUUAUCAGACUUCAAGCUAUGCUUGGAGAAGCAUCAUCCAAACUCAACCGUUAAUUAGAAGUGGUAUAAGUUGGAUUGUAGGAAAUGGUGAAUCCAUAAGAGUUUGGAAGGAUAUUUGGCUUCCUGGUGAAACUAACCUAACUCCUAGGGGCUCAGGAGCUAUCUUAUAUCCUGAUCUAGUGGUUAAAGAUCUUUUCAUUUCAGGUACCAAUGCUUGGGACCUUGCAAAAUUGCAAGAUCUGGUUAACCCUGAAGACGUGUUAAGAAUCCUAAGCAUAAGACCAAGUACGAUGGGUGGUCAGGAUAAAAUUCGAUGGAAGUUUGGCUCUAGGGGAAUUUACACAGUUAAAACAGGCUACCAUGUACAGAGAUCUCUUGAUAUGGCUGAGCAACAAUAUCAGGUGACGAAUACUCCUCACUCCCAACUCCGCAACAGUAUGUUGACCAAGUUAUGGAGAAUUAAUUUACCACCAAAAAUCAUGAUUUUCUGGUGGAAAAUUCUCCAUAAUGGCCUCCCUGUGGUGGAAAAUUUAAGAAUAAGGGGAUGCAAGAUUAAUAACAUUUGUCAGUUGUGCGGAGAAGAGAUAGAAACUGUAGAUCAUAUGAUACUGCAGUGUAGAGUUGCUUGGGAAAUAUGGUCUAUGGCACUUAAUGAUCUUGGGAAUCACUUCUGUCGUCGUAGUACUGUCAUUGACCUCUUAUUCUAUAUUCUCAACGGUCCUAGAGAAGAUCAAAAAUGCAUGUUUGCUUUGAUUUUUGGUUGGAGAAUAUGGAAGAUGCGGAAUAAACUAGUAUUUGAAAACAAAAGAGAUCAUAUCAUCCGAGUUAUUCAUGCGGCAGUUACGGAUAUUAGAAUAUGGACGGAGGCCAAAGCGCAAAAUGAAAUGGUGUUGCAAAGGGUCUCCAGACCAGCGCCAGAGACUAUCCAGGAUGCUCUGCCACAUGAAGUGCAGCUCUAUUGCAUUGUAGACGCCUCUUGGAAAUCACCAUCUGAGAAGAUUGGUAUUGGGUGGUCCUUAUAUAGCAAAGAAGGCACUCUUAGAUUACAAGGGAGUUCUACAAUGGAUGCUACUGGCACCCCUCUAGUAGCAGAAGCAGUGGCAAUGUGGAAAGCUGUCUGUCAACUACAUCGACUCUGUUACAAAAAUGUGACUUUCGUUGGGGACUGUUUGAAGCUUGUACAGCAGCUGGAGUGUUCUAUGGAAGAUAAGCAGCAUAUAGAAGAUUACAUAUCAGAAGCUAGCUCCACGAUCCAUGACAUCAAAGUGGUUGCUAUGAAAAACCAUUACGCCUUCAACAAUGUUCCUCGAAUAUUUAUUAAUGUAGUUGAUAGCUUAGCUAAAAAUGCCAGGACAAAUAAUCAAUAA